GUUGCUGAACCACCUGCCGAAGUUAACCCCCCUCCUAACCGUUUCGUCCCGGACCGUGGGAUCCCAAGGUGUGUCAAAAUAGAAGAAAAGAAGCAUAUCGCUCAGUGAAUGGAAAAUAAGGCGGUUGCAGCGUGCGAAAAAUUGGAGUGCGCGCUGCGCAGCAGAAUUGUGUUGAAAAUCCGCCGAAUUGACUGACUGACUGAAAGCCAGCAGGUAGUAGUAGUGUGUAUGCAAAAAGUCGCGGAAAAAUCUCGAUCCAGAUUGCGGCUGUAACGAGAGCAGCAGCAGCAGCAGUAGUGGUCAGCCGUAUGAGCGAAGAGUUUCAAUCCAAUUGGUAGCGGACGAGUUGGUUUUUAGGUUUCGAGCAAAACUAUUCGAGAGGCAUCCGCCGAGAGGAUGUCUGCUAUCAGACAUCGACCUCUGGCACCACAGAACGAGAGCGAUGACAACUUCACAGACGAUGAGAGCACCCCACUAACUCAGGACAUCUAUGGCGGAAGCCAACGCACCGUACAGGAAACCAAAGGAUGGGACGUCUUCCGGGAUCCUCCGAUCAAGGAGGACACCGGCUCGAUGGCCGACCAGGCCUGCCUGGAGCUGACGAUCAAAAUCCUCAAAAUCUUGGCGUACCUGCUUACGUUCGUGAUCGUUCUCACGGGCGGGGUUGUCGCCAAAGGCUGUGUCCUCUUCAUGUCCGCGCAGCUCAAGCGGGACCGUAAGAUCACGUACUGCAACCGGGAUCUGGCUCGUGACAAGCAGUUUGUAGCGUUCCUGCCCGAAGAAGAACGGAUAGCGUGGAUGUGGGCGUUGAUGAUUGCGUUUGCGGUUCCGGAGAUUGGAACCUUCAUCCGAUCCACUCGAAUAUGUUUCUUCAAAUCGCUGAAGAAACCAUUCAAGUCACAUUUCUUGCUGGUGUUCUUGAUGGAGUCGUUCCAUACGGUCGGUUUGGUGUUGCUGUUUUUCGUCGUCCUCCCGGAAGUCGAUUCGGUGAAAGGCGCCAUGCUGACCAACUGCCUCUGUGUGAUACCAGGUUUGCUUGGAAUGUUUUCGCGAACCAACAAGGAAGGAAAGCGAGCUGUGAAAAGUAUCGUCGAUUUGGCGGCUAUUGCGGCGCAAAUAACCGGUUUCGUGGUGUGGCCAUUGUUGGAAAACAGACCGGUGCUUUGGUUGAUUCCCGUAUCGGCCCUGCUGACGUCCUGUGGAUGGUGGGAAAAUUACGUUUCACCACAGAGUCCCUUUGGAUUCAUCCGAGCGAUGGGUCGGGUUAAGGAAGACCUAAAACAGACACGGUAUUUCACCUACAUGUUCCUGUCGCUGUGGAAGAUUAUCCUUUUCUUCUGCAUUGUGUUGGUUACAAUGUUCGUUAACGGAGAUGAAGUAGCCAACCUGUUUUCUUUGUUUGGAAUCGGUUUUGGUCCACACAAGAUCGUUAUUGAAGAAGUUGCGACAGCCUUCAGUUCUGCACUUCCGGAUCUUGUGGAAGCAUCCCAGGUCGGAGAUACGGUAGACAUUGACGCUUCCUAUAAUACCGUUACAUACGUGUUGAUUAUUCAGAUCUUGGGGGCCUACUUGUGUUACGUUUUUGGCAAGUUUGCUUGUAAGAUUUUGAUUCAAGGUUUCAGUUAUUCCUUCCCUGUGAACCUAACGGUUCCGGUAGCAAUUUCCCUGCUGAUCGCUGCUUGCGGUAUACGAAACGAUGAUCCAUGCUUCUUCCAUGGUUCCAUACCGGGAUACUUGUUCUUCGAAAGCCCUCCAGUAUUCCGAUUGAGUGAUUUUGCGUCCCGUCAAAUGGCAUGGGCUUGGUUGCUUUGGCUGCUGUCACAGACUUGGAUUACGUUGCAUAUUUGGACACCGAAAUGCGAACGUUUGGCCAACACGGAGAAACUGUUCGUCACUCCCAUGUACAACGCUCUGCUGGUUGAUCAAUCGAUGGGACUGAACAGGAGACGGGACGAUCAAGCGGACGUCAAGACCGAAGAUUUGGCCGAAAUCGAAAAGGAAAAGGGAGAUGAGUACUACGAGACCAUCUCGGUGCACACGGAUGGUUCGGCGAUGCCUCGACCGAGUGUGAAAUCUUCCGAUCACAUCACCAGGAUCUACGCCUGUGCGACCCUGUGGCACGAAACGAAAGAUGAAAUGAUCGUGUUCUUGAAAUCAAUCAUGCGAAUGGAUGAAGAUCAGUGCGCUAGACGUGUGGCUCAAAAGUAUCUGCGUAUCGUGGAUCCAGACUACUACGAGUUUGAAACUCAUAUUUUCUUCGAUGACGCAUUCGAAAUUUCCGAUCAUAGUGAUGAUGAUAUUCAAUGUAAUAGGUUCGUGAAGCUCUUGAUUGAUACGAUUGAUGAGGCGGCUUCCGAAGUUCAUCAGACCACCAUUCGGUUGCGACCACCGAAAAAGUACCCAACGCCAUACGGAGGACGUCUGGUUUGGACACUGCCUGGUAAGACCAAACUCAUUUCCCAUCUCAAGGACAAGGAUCGUAUUCGGCAUCGUAAGCGAUGGUCUCAGGUCAUGUACAUGUACUACCUUCUGGGACACCGUUUGAUGGAACUGCCGAUUUCUGUUGAUCGCAAGGAUGUCAUGGCCGAGAAUACCUACCUGCUGACUCUGGACGGUGAUAUCGAUUUCAAUCCCAGUGCCGUAACGCUGCUGGUGGAUUUGAUGAAGAAAAACAAGAACCUGGGUGCCGCUUGUGGUCGUAUUCAUCCGAUAGGAUCAGGCCCGAUGGUGUGGUAUCAGAAGUUUGAGUACGCCAUUGGUCAUUGGCUGCAGAAGGCUACCGAACAUAUGAUCGGUUGUGUACUUUGUAGUCCUGGAUGUUUCUCGCUGUUCAGAGGUAAAGGUCUGAUGGAUGAUAACGUUAUGCGGAAGUACACUACCCGUUCGGACGAGGCUCGCCACUACGUACAGUACGAUCAGGGAGAGGAUCGUUGGUUGUGUACGCUGUUGCUGCAACGAGGUUACCGUGUCGAAUACUCAGCUGCCUCCGAUGCCUACACCCACUGCCCGGAAGGUUUCAACGAGUUCUACAAUCAACGUCGUCGCUGGGUUCCGUCCACCAUCGCUAACAUUAUGGAUCUGCUGAUGGACUACAAACGCACGAUCAAGAUCAACGACAACAUCUCGCUGCUGUACAUCUUCUACCAGAUGAUGUUGAUGGGUGGUACCAUUCUGGGUCCGGGUACGAUUUUCCUUAUGUUGGUGGGGGCAUUCGUCGCUGCUUUUAAGAUUGAUAACUGGACAUCGUUCUACUACAACAUUAUUCCUAUACUGCUGUUUAUGUUGGUCUGCUUUACGUGUAAAUCAAACAUACAGCUGCUGCUCGCUCAAGUACUUUCCACAGUAUAUGCGCUGAUCAUGAUGGCGGUAAUUGUCGGUACGGCAUUGCAGUUAGGCGAGGACGGUAUCGGAAGUCCAUCAGCUAUAUUCUUGAUAGCAAUGACGAGUUCAUUCUUCAUAGCAGCGUGUCUCCAUCCGCAAGAAUUUUGGUGUAUAGCAUCCGGAUUGAUCUACCUGCUGUCGAUCCCAUCUAUGUACUUGCUGUUGAUUCUGUAUUCGAUCAUCAACUUGAAUGUCGUCUCGUGGGGUACUCGUGAAGUAGUGGCUAAGAAGACUAAGAAGGAAAUCGAGCAAGAGAAGAAAGAUGCUGAAGAAGCAACGAAACGAGUUAAGCAAAAAUCAUUGCUGGGAUUCCUUCAAGGAAGUACAGGCUCCAAUCCGGACGAGGAAGGAUCCGUUGAAAUCUCUAUCGCUGGACUGUUCCGGUGUCUACUUUGCACUCAUGGUAAGACCACUGAUGAGAAGGCUCAAUUAGUCCACAUUGGCGACGCUCUGAAUUCCAUCACCAAGAAGAUCGAAAACCUCGAGAAACACAUUGAUCCACACGGACAUCACACUCGUAAGCGAACGACUUCUGCUGGAUCCAGAGAUCACCACUUGGGAUCGGUGGCCGAAGACAGUGAAGAGGAGGACGAGCAAUCUGAUUCGGAGACUUCAACGCUGCAGAGAAACGAACGUGACUUCCUGACGAACCCCUACUGGAUUGAGGAUCCCGACUUGAAGAAGGGUGAAGUGGACUUCAUUUCGAGCACGGAAAUUCAGUUCUGGAAGGAUUUGAUCGACCAAUAUCUGUAUCCUAUCGAUCAGGACAAAGAAGAACAGGCACGUAUUGCACAUGAUCUGAAGGAGCUGCGUGAUUCGUCCGUUUUCGGAUUCAUCAUGAUCAAUGCUCUCUUCGUACUGAUCGUGUUCUUACUUCAGCUGAACAAGGACAACAUCCACGUCAAAUGGCCGCUGGGUGUCAAGACUAACAUUACCUAUGACGAAGCCACGCAAGAGGUGCACAUCUCGAAAGAGUAUCUUCAGCUGGAACCGAUCGGUUUGGUGUUCGUGUUCUUCUUCGCGCUGAUCCUGGUGAUCCAGUUUACUGCCAUGUUGUUCCAUCGUUUCGGAACCCUGUCGCAUAUCCUCGCCUCAACCGAGCUCAACUGGGGCUGCAACAAGAAACCGGAGGAGCUCUCGCAAGAUGCUCUGAUAGACAAGCACGCGGUGGAGAUAGUAAAGAAUCUCCAGAGGCUUCAAGGUAUAGACGGGGACUAUGACAACGAUUCCGGCAGUGGACCGGAUCGGAUAGCACGCCGUAGAACGAUUCAGAAUCUGGAGAAGGCUCGGCAACCCCGCCGACAGAUUGGUACACUGGAUGUGGCGUUCAAGAAGCGAUUCCUCAAGUUGACGGCCGAUGAGAACAACAGCGGAACGCCAAUCCUGACCCGUCGUAUGACGAUGCGCCGCGAGACGAUACGUGCCUUGGAGGUGCGCAAGAACUCGGUUAUGGCUGAGAGACGCAAAUCGCAGAUGCAGACGCUGGGAGCGAACAAUGAGUAUGGAAUUACCGGAGUGAACACCACUAACAACAACGCUCCACCACGUCCAUUGCGAACAUCGAACGCCGGUGUUAGCGUGAAGGACAUCUUCAAUGUGAACGGUGGUCCGGGAGGCGACAUCUACGGCGUUACCGGUCAGGUCAAUCAGGCCUACGAACCCGUCGUCGAAGAUGACGACCGUAAUUCGCUUCGGUUGCAACCCCGCAACCAGGUGACGUGGAGCAAUAACAAUGGACGGCUGUGACAAAACCGGAGAUCGUCCUUGUGCAGCAUGUUACCUCUCGUCGAGCCUCGUCGGGAGGAUUGUGAUGUCCUAAAUCUUGAUGGAGCGUAAAACGUGUUCUAGCAAUAAGCAAUUCAAUGUUAACUUCGUUGGAUGUGAAACGAGUUCGUUGGAUGUGACAACUGAUAAUUUAUAGCACAAUUAGAAAGUACCAACUGAUACUCUAACUAUGGAAGCAAACAGACAACUGCCGAUAUGAUUUUUUUUUCUUGUGAAAUAGGAUUAACGCACACGUAUUCUUCUAAGCCUUACUACAACCAAUCAACGGAGAACUGCCAAUUGAUAUACUCACAGUUUUGAUACGUCGACAAAACAGGACGAACUUACGCGAAAGGAAAUACUCAAUAGAUUUAAAACUAACGAAUUAAGAAAAGCAACCGCAUGAAAAUUCAUUUCCAUUAUUUGCGUUCAGGUCGCAACAAGUAGGAGUUCAAAAUUUAGAAAUACUACCAACAAAAAAAUUGAUUUCGAAACGCCUAUUGCAUAUUUAUUUCCUAGAGAAUAAAAUCAAUUUUAGGCCCCUCCUUCUUUCCUCUUCACAUCCUCUACUCUAUCGUCGCUAACCUUGAAAGCAGAUAGGUGAAGAACGAUCGCUAAAUUCAAUCUCGUUUAUGUAAAUAUGCCUCGAAACUAUCACUCUGUAUGAGAUUUUUUUUAUCGUGUUUCAUUAAGUACUUCUCUAUCGUUCAUUAGUUCAAUUAUGUUUUGUCAGUGCGAGGGAAUCACCUUCCUUUCACAAUGUGUAAAUCUUAAACCAUGGAAAAAGUGAAAUAAAAUUGAUAGACUUAUUAUACAUUUUUAUACAAA